GCUCGAGUCGCUGUUACGGGUUCAAAGGGUUGCGUUCUCUAGCCCGAGCAUCUGGUCCUCGUAGUUUCGUUGUUUACAAAUUUGCUGCCAGUGAUACUGAAAGAACUGCCGAUUCGACUGCCACGUGUCACCUCUAGCUGGCCGAAUUAUUUAUUUCUUCAUUGAGAGCUUCAUUAGAGUUGGUUCUAAUUUCUAAUCAACCAAAUUGUGAAUUGAUGGUACCGUCAACCCUGGGCGCUGACGUGUAACACGUAUUUUCUACACAUAUUUUUCUUUUUGCAAAAUAAAUUGAGAAAAAAUGCGUCAGUUAAAAGGGAAGGUGAAGGAGACAAACAAGCAGAAAAAGGAACGCAAGAAGGAAUUCAUGGAAAAUAAGGAAAAGGUUUUCACCAUUGUGGUACCAGUUGUCGCUGGCCUUUUCAUGCUUUUGGUUGCCUACGUAUAUUUCAAAACAAGACCCAGAACUGUCGACAUGGUGAUGGAAGACUAAUACGCAAGAAUGGGCCAAAAUGACAAUCAUGCUGGAAGAUCGAGGAUAUAUUAUAUAAUUUGUUUUAUUUUUACUUUUUCUUUAAAAAAAAUUUGAAAAUCAUUUGUUGAAUAUUUAUUGGAUGGAAUUCUCAUUUUAAAUUAUAUCUUUCUCUGUUCUCCAUUGUUUGCACUUUGUUAUGAUGUUGCGUUGGGAUUUUUCUCACUGGAUUUUUUUUCAAUAAAGAUAUUCAGAUUUUAUAAGAUCUAAAAAAUAA